AUGCUGGAUUCCUUCAAAGAGUCGGGAGAACAUUAUGAACCCGAGGAUAUCGUCGAGAAAUGCUUGGUCUACAGUGAUAUGAGAUCAAUCAUAUUGGCAUUGUUGGAGAGAAGGUUUAUUGAUAUGGGAAUUGUGGGUAAGAUAAUAUAAAAUUUGGUUUUAAACAUAAUCAAAUAACGGUUUGGAAAGUUGAGAUUGUUCUUUAGGACGUAUCGAGAAUUACUGCGCCCAAUUAGACAAGGACAACGAUCGGAAACUAACGUUUACCGAGCUCCGAAGGAAAAUUGAGGAAAGGAAAGACCUCCUGAUCCCAGAACCCCUUCAAAUGGAAAUUAUGCGAAUGUCAGCGGAUUUUGUAGAUCGAUUUUAUCCCCCUAGAAAUGGUCAUCCUACAUUUUUGAGGCCUUUGGGCAAUCAAAAACCCAGCGAAUCUCCCAGUCCAUCAUCAUCUUCUUCUUAG